GCACGAGCAGUACGAGCUUUUGAGAAGCAGUAUGCAACAACUAAGCUACCACUAACACAAGCGUCUCUGUCACACGCACAGACACCGGCAUUCUACUACUACUCCUUAAGUAGAUAUAGAGAGAGAAAAAAAAUGUCGCCGCACCCUGGAUCUCGUUGUCCUCUUGCCCGCAGAACAACCACCUCAAGAACAAUACACACGCUGAUAUCAACAGUUGUCCUUCUCGUCUCCGCAGAACGUUUCCAAGGUUCUGUCCAAGUCAAAACAGAAGAGCCAGUCGUAGUUUCGAAAUUCGUCUACGAUUACAACCCCGAUUGCUUUCCGCCUAAAACCUGCACCUAUGAGCAAUUUCCCGGAGAUUUGUUUUUGGAAUAUACUGUCAGGAAAAGCACGCAACAAGUGGACGCAUCUUCAUCUUCUGCAGGAAUAACUUCUAGUACUGGAGAGACGCAACAAUUAAGGCUACUGCUCAAGCAUCAUCAGCAUCAUACAUCCUUGGCCUCUUCUAUUUUCAAGGGGAAAGGAACAAGAAGCCAAGUGGAGCAUAGAAUACAGUGAGGGCAUGUCCUUACUGGCACGAGCAAAAAGGAUAGAAUUCAUGAGAUCACACGAGGCAAGAUGUAAAAAGAAGUAGUGUAGUGUAGUGGUUCUUCUUAACCUCUGGAGUGGGUCGUGCAUUCAUUCACUCACUCUCAGGGAUCGAUAUGACCACGAUAGCUCUAAAACAAGCAUCUUCAUCUUCCUCCGCCACUGCUUUGCACAAUUAUGCUGGGCACUUGCAGAAAAGCGAGCCCGUUCAAUUCUAUUUUGGGCUUCUUGACGAUGAAAUCGCCCAGUUCCCACGCCUGUACCCAGACGACGCAUUGACCUACUUCUUGGGUCAACCAAGAGAGAGCGAGUUCAAGACGUGUGAUGACAUUUUCAAUCGCGCAGCGGGAAACUGGGUUCGGCUGGAGCAGGGCACGAGUGAGUUGGUGAAAAUGACGGAAGAUUUGAGUCCUUAUAUGCCAAAUAAUGUGGGACGACCUAAGCAGACAGCAAGUACGAAGUUCGCUUUUGCAAGUACGAAGUUCGCUGGCACCAACGUACCUGCCUCAACCGGUAGAUAUUCCGCUAACCUCUUUGGUGGAAACAGUGGUUCCUCCAGCAAUGUUGCUCAAAUUCAAAAUCAGAACAAGCAGUCCUCUUCAAGCGGUCAGUGCACUGCAACGUGGUCGCCUGCGUUUGUGAACCAGUAUUUGAGUGGCUGUGUGAGCGGAAACAACUGCGAAAACUACGCUACGUUGGAAGAAGCCAAGCGAGCAUGUACAGCGAAAGGCCCGUCAUGUGGCGGUGUCGUAGGAAGGCCGUGCGAAGACGCAGGACAAAGGUGUGGAUCUUCAAGUGGGACGGGGACACCUAACAAUGUAUGGCAUUAGUUUUCUCUCGCUGCUCCUUCCACGAUGAACAUUAUCAUUAGUCUCCAUCAUGGUAACUUCCUCGAAGAAUCUGUUGAAUCCUGACGAUGACCUUCCUCAUUUCAACUUCUAGAUGUAAUCACGACCUCCACCUCUUUCCCCAUUUCAACUUGUAAACGGAUGUAACUCGUUCAACGUACCGGUCAACCACUGGGAAAUCCGGUCAGGAUGGAAACCAACGAAGCCUGAGGAACACGACAAAGAAGCAUUGCCAACAUUGGAAGCGAGCUACGUGAAGCAGACGGAAUCUAAUGGUACGCCGUGUGGAAUUUAUUGCAUGUAUGCUACAGAGCUCUGAUUAGUUAUUUCAGCAGACCAAUGAAAUCAAAUUUGAAUUUGACGAACAAGAACCUCAUGAACUUUCGAAACUACAGUAGUACUCGAUGUCAUGGUCAUCAGCGCAUCACAUCGUCUCUACCAGGUGCCGUAACCUUCUCCGUUGGGCUCGGAUGCUCGUUUUUGCCUGGGUGCGUGUCGGGUGAUGACUGUCGCAAAUACCCCAGCUACGAGGAAGCUAGACGGGCGUGCGUCAACGCUGGAGGCGCUUGUGGCGGCGUAGUGUCAAGACCAUUUAUGAAGCCAACGUCUAAAAUAAAUUAUCAGCUGCAAUCAGGUAAGCGUCAAAAGGUACCUCCAGAACAGGUAAAUAUAUGAAAAAUGAAUGAGGUACUACGACAACAAGAAGAUGAAGCAGAAGUGCUUCGUGUGAAAAUGUAAAUGGCAACGGCCAAUUAUAGUAGGGAUGUCCUACUUGUCUAAACCCAGUCCCGGUUCCACCGAGUCUUGUGCGGACGAGCAAGUUCGGAAAGCAUCACUGGGUGCGAGCACUGCAGUAGCACACCCCGAAACCAUCCACCAUUGGGAGAUACGAGCUGGCCAUGAGCCGAAAGGAUGGACUCAGGAACUCAGCUACUUGAAAAUCAUGAGUCCAGAUUGUUAUGAUAGUGCUGCUGGUACUUUGUAGUCUUUGUUUACUUUGUAUUAUACUUUGACCUUGUAGUCAUUAUACUUUGUAUACUUUAUUCUUGUAGACGUAAUAUAUUAUCAAAAAUAUCCUCUUUGUAGUCUUUGUUUGAUAAUGCAUCAAUAGCUUCAGCUCCUGCUACGGUUCGUUACUGAUGAUCCAACCAUUCAAAUGUCCCGAUGGAUGUCACAAGACUCAGAGCAGUACUCUACCCAACUAACAUCAGGUCCUCCACCCUCGUCUCUGCUCCAAGUCAGUGCGGUCGAAACAGAAGCAAACGUUCCUCAAGGCCAAGGAGAUGGAGUCGGUGUAGUUGACACUAGCAUGAUUUCCAUGACAGAGGCAGCUUCUACAUCAGGAGCCGUAAUAGCAGACUCAGAUCUGCCAGGAAGUGCACCAAGGCGGGCCCUCUUAGGUGCCGAAACAGAUGAGGACGCCACAUGGAUGGAGACCCAGUUAGAUAGUCAAAAAGACCUGCCAGUAGUAGCGAAUGGGAUGCAUCUUAUGAAACAAGUUGUAGAAGGGAACUGUUUUUUAAAUAUAUAACUUGUUCGUAGAUGAAGAUGUAGAUGAAUUAGGACUAUCUACCCCCACGCCCCCCUUAGAAGCGAACUUCUCUAACCCAAGCCAGCAGAUUCUCCAGAAGUGUCGUCGACGUGUAUGGCACUUCCUGUUUCUCGCGUGUUCAGACGGAACAACAACCCCAGCUGCUUUCUAUCAGUUUGACUACAACAUCCGAGCACGCAACGUAUUGAAUGGAUGGGAAAACGAGCUUGGAGCAGACGUCAACGGCAUCCUCCCCACGCUGGUGAUACAGGCAUUUGCGUUAGCGUUGCUGGUGUGGAACUACUCGCGAUUAGGAGUAGUUGGUGGUGGUGGAAAGAAUCAAUCCUCUGGAGCCUCAACUUACCAUGCAAUGAAAAUUUCCCUAGACACCGCUUUCCGAGCUCGCUUUGGCGGUGUCUUGCUCGGAGAAACUGCACUCACGGACGCGCCUCGACUAGCAGCUAACUUCGGCUUACUAGCAGUUUUUCUACGGAUAUUCGACCACAUGUCAUUCGCUUCGACCGGUGAGAAGCGCAUAGUAGCCCUUACUUGCGCCAGAGUCAUAGAAGUAUGCACAGCAGGAUGCUUGAGUCUAGUUUUCCUCUACUUCGCUAGUGAAAGUCCCUCAGAUAUGCGACGAGUGGCACAAAGAUUUGUAAGACAAGAAAGGGCACUGAGUGGAGGCGUAAGGGACAAUGGCCAUGGUAGUGGACGAGGAGGCGCGCACCAUCUUUACGAGGACUCCGAUAGAGGUGCAUACAACAAUCCAUCGACACCAAUCCAACAUGACAUCAAAGCAAGGCACGCAGCAACACACGGAAACGCGUCCUUGGACCAGGCAAGCCCAGCACUGUUAUGACACGAAAAAGUGUACUCAUACUCAAGAAAAGAGGCUUCUUCCUACUUAGAAAGUGCCUACUUUCUUGAGGAUGAGUGCACUUUUUCGCUUCAUAACUGUAUGGAGUAGAUCAUGUUGGAGUCUCAACAAGUUCUUCAAGAGUGGAUACAGAUCUCAUGAAUGGAGGCGGUGGAACUACUGCCUCGUCGUCUACUUCGAGAAAGCAUACAAUAGCAUCCCAAGUCGCCUUCCAGGGGCGAGAGCAUUUUUUGAUGCGAGAUUUGUCUUUGGCCUUCACCGUUCUCUCCGUCGCUUUAGAGGAGUGGGCCGAAUGGCGACAUUUGAACACUUUGACGACCGUAUGAAGCGAAAAAGUGUACUCAUCCUCAAGAAAGUAGGCACCUUCUAAGUAGGCUUUCUCAUCCUCAAGAAAGUAGGCACCCCUUUUCCUACUUAGAAAGUGCCUAGUAGGAAAAAGCCUCUACUUUCCUCGAGUACUAUGAGUACACUUUUUCCUGUUAUAGACCGUGUUCAAGUACGACACUGCCCCUGGACGCGUGAUAGUCAUGCUGGACGCUGGGAUGCUGGCUUUAGCCUUCUUCUUCGUAGCGAAAAACCUCUAUUGUAGAGGUGACCCGCGCUAUCGAUCCAGGUUGUUCUUCAUGCACUACGCCCCACUGAUUUUGCUGUGGUUUUGCGCUGUGCCGGUUUUGGCAGCUGUGGCGCAUGUUGUGGAUCCGUGGGUGAGAAAGCGCGUGGCAACGACAGUUCAUUGCGUCACUUUUACCUAUGGGGUCUACUUGGCAACGGCUUUGCUGCAUCCGGAAGUGUUGCUCUCUUCAUUGAGCAUUCAGUCGCUGUUAUGGACCGAAUAUAUCCUUCAAAGAGUGAAAGAACUAAUCCUAGUGAAAGGACUGCAUUCAAGAGUACUUAUUUCCUUCUCCUCUAAUCCCCGCCUCCAGCCUCCUCUCUUCCGCGACAGCAUCCUCAAGAACCGAGAAUCUCAAAUACCAGCCGUUAGGCACGACGUCCACAUCGACCUAUGCCUCAGUCGCACUACAGCACCAGAAGAUCGGGAUUUACCGAUAUCUGUACUUGAGUAGCAGUGACCUAAGGAGAGACUCAGGUGUGGAGUCGCCAUCGGAGGAUAGUGACGACUCUCUGGGAGGCGAGAUGGCGCAAUUGGUGGACAGCGAUGUAGUGAUGUUUAAACCACAUGGGGAAGAUGUGGAGUUUAUUUUGUAGAGGAAAAUGAAGAUGAAAAAACUACAACAUCAACUACUUGUUCUCCACAUGCAGUUGCUCUCGCGGAAAGAGCUCGACCUCGACCUUGUGUCUGUAAUAGAGACCUACCCGAGCAGCAGUGCAAGUUAGUAUCACUCAAAAUUCUUGUUCUUUCUGUCUUUCCUAAACAAAGAAACCUGGACGAAACACUGUCUUCUUGCUUUUGGGAUAUCGGCGUGCCAUCCGUAGCAGUUAGUCUUACCUUCAUUGCUAACAAGAAUAAAUUACAAAUUACUGUCUCAGUCUCUGUCUGAAAAUAUAAAAGUUCGAAGUAGGAUGCGAGCACAUGCUUUCACGGUGCCUCGCACGGUCGUCCGUUGCAGGAAUUAUUUUCCUUCAGAUGAUGAGAU